AUGGUUCCCAAAAAGGUUGAAAGUGCAGAAAAGCUUCGUCGACGAAACCUAAUCUUUGACGAAGAACAUUUUGAGGAUGUCUUUCUACGAUGCCUCAUCUGCAGAGAUGUGUUCAAUGAAAGUGAGAAGCUGCCUAAGACACUACCUUGCCACCACUCAUUCUGCUUGCAAUGCUUCCUGGAGAUGUUCCGCGUAGAGGGCGAGUAUCGUCAGUCCCUCAGCUCAGCCUUUCGAGGUAUGCCAAGGGCCGUGAAGAUCCAAUGCCCUACUUGUCGGGACAGCAUCAUCGCCUCAGAGGAGGAUCUACGACGUCUGCCCAAUGACCAUACUGUCUUGGAACUGUUGAGCUUUGUACAUGAGACUGGCAUCACUGAUAUUGCCUAUUGUACUAAGCAUCAACUUCAACCCCUGAACUUCUUCUGUGAGCCUUGUGCCAUACCUGUCUGCAGUGACUGUACAGUUCUUGACCAUAAAGAGCUCAACGGACACCAGGUGAUGAACAUGGAGGAGGCUCUCAACAAGUACACACCCAUUAUCAAUGAGACAAUUAAUGAGAUGGAACGUCGAAAGAAAGAACACCUGAUGAGACGCACCCAUAUUGAACAGGCAAUGGAAAAGCUGGCUGAGAUGGAGACGCAAGUGACAGAUGAGAUUAAGCUUACUUUCCAGAAACUUCGUGAGGUUAUAGAUGAGCGGGAACGAGAGAUCCUGUCCAUGUCUGAACAGGAGAUGGAAAGGAAGCGUCGGAACUUGAUGGAGAACUUCAGGAAGAUCAUUGAGCGUGAAGAAUGUAUUUUGAGUCAAAUGAAGAUCUUGGAGACAGCCCGACAGGAGAACGACAUCAGCCAAAUGUUCAAUUCACACCAAUCAGCCCAGGACACCCUCUCCUCACCAUUGCACUUACCACACAUCACCAAUGAUGACUUCGGUGUGUCCUUUCACUAUGAAAUAUACAAACAGAAAAGAGUGAUACAGGAUCUAACAAACUUUGGACAUCUUAUGGUCCAGUCUUCGUAG